AUGGAGCAUGAGGAAAAUAUACAAGAAGCAAUUGAUGAUGAAAUGCUAGAAUAUUUAGACGAUAGUGAUGAAGCAGAUAUGGGAUAUGAUUACUUCAAUGAAUUCAUUGAUGUUGAUUUAGUGGAGAAUGUGGGACAAAGUAAUAGGAGCUAUUCAGACGAGCAUGUAGGUUCACAAGUUGUUUCUUUUUCUGGGGUGCCGAAUGAGAACAUUGGUGAUUUGCUAUCAGAACUAGAAGAUGAUGAGUUGUAUGAAGACCAUGUGUUUGAUGAAAAUGAAGAUAAGCCAAUAACAAGUUAUGACAAAUACAACCCAGCAGAGAUGUGUAAGGACUUUAAAUUUAGUUUGGGGAUGGAGUUUACUUCAAUCAAACAAUUUAAGGAUGCUUUGAAGGAGCACUCUUUGCUGAAUGGUUAUGUGUUUGACUAUGUAAAAAAUGAUAAAGAGAGAUGCCGGGUGAAAUGCAAGAGUAAAUGUGGUUGGUUGAUGUUUGUAAGCAAAGAAGCUGACUCAUCGACUUAUCGACUAAAGACAUUAAAUCCAAAGCAUGCAUGGGGAGUAACCAUUGAUGCAACAAGGGCUUCAACAGAUUGGAUUGCUGAGAAGAUAGUAGACAGUGUUAGAAUGAACAAAAAUAUGAAGUUGGCAGAUGUGCAAGCUACCAUCAGAAGGAAUUACAUGGCCAAACCUUCUCUUAAUAAGGCAUUUUGGGCUAGAAAAAAAGCAAGGGGGAUGGUUGAGGGGGAUCAUAAAGAAGAAUAUGUUCACUUGAGGGACUACUGCAUGGAAGUCAAAUCUAAAAAUCCAGGAUCAACAUUUUGUCUUGUCACAGAUAAACCAUAUGUAGACUGGCCAAGAGUAUUUAGGAGAUUGUAUAUGUGCUUAGAGCCUGUGAAAAGAGGCUUCAAGGCAUCAUGUAGGCCAAUUAUUGGAUUGGAUGGUUGCUUUCUCAAGGGUCCAUAUGGAGGCAUAUUAUUAGUGGCUGUAGCUCGUGAUCCUAAUGAGCAAUAUUUUCCUUUAGCCGUGGCGGUGGUUGAAACAGAAAAUAGGGAUUCUUGGACAUGGUUCUUGAAGAAUCUGUUUGAUGAUAUUGGGUCCAUAGCAGAAAAAAGAUGGGGUUUAGUUCAAGCUUUUGAAGAAUUGCUUGAAGGUGCAGAACACCGUUAUUGUGUAAGGCACUUGUAUGCCAAUAUCAAGGCAAAGUAUGGUGGUGGAACUUUGGUGAGAGAUUUAGUAAUUCAUGCAGCAAAAGCAACUUACCCACCGGCAUGGGAAGGGAUAAUGAAUGAGCUGAAAAAAGUUUCAAAGGAAGCAUAUGAACAUUUAAUGAGGUUUAAUCAAAAUAGGGUAAAAGCAGAAAAAUAUCAUGGCAAGGGAAUUGUGUGCCCUCGACCUCGUAAACGUCUUGACAAAGAGAUAGUAGAAUCUAGAAAGUGGGAACCAAGAUUUGCAAAUAAUGAUGAAUUUGAAGUGUCAUAUAAUUUUCAAAGGUUUACAGUCAAUCUCAAAUUCAAGUGGUGUGCUUGUCGAUGGUGGCAGUUGACUGGAAUUCCAUGCAGGCAUGCUGUGAGUUGCAUUUAUGCUAGUCGACUCAACCCCAUUGACUAUGUGGAUCCAACACUUAGUUUGCAAGCUUAUGUGGAUUGCUAUGCUCCUGUGAUCCAUCCUAUUAAUGGAGAAGAGUUGUGGGCACGCACAAGAAUGGAACCAAUUGAUCCACCAAAAUACCACAAGCGUCCAGGCAGGCCACAAAAAAAACGAAGAAGAGAGCUUGAUGAACCAGCCCCUCACAACAAGGUGUUAUGA